AUGGCGACGACAAAAGCGAGCCGCGCGGCCAACGGCACCGUGCCGCAGCGCGUCAUCCUCGUCACCGGCGCCAACUCUGGCAUCGGCUACGACAUGACGGCCGCCCUCGUGGCCUCCCCCGAGAACCACGUCAUCAUGGGCUGCCGCAACUACGAGCGAGGCACGAGGGCGCUGCAGCAGCUGCACGCCCAGCCUCACGCGGGCUCCCUCAGCCUCCUCGAGGUGGACAUCACCGACGACCAGAGCAUCGGCCUGGCCGUGGACAAGCUGGCCGCCGAGUAUGCCGUCGUCGACGUGCUCAUCAACAACGCCGGCGUCGUCAUGCGCAACUUUCCCGACCGCCGCUCCGAGAUCCUCGACACCAUGAACACCAACUCGGUCGCCCACCUCGUCUUCACCGAGGCCCUGGUGCCGCUGCUGCAAAAGUCGGCCGACCCCCGCAUCAUCAACGUCUCGUCGGCGCUGGGCUCCAUCCACGCCCGUCUCGACCCGCGCGAUCCCGCCUACGGCAUCGCCUCCGAGGCCUACCGCAUGUCCAAGGCCGCGCUCAACAUGGCCACGGCCUGCAUGUAUGCCACCUACAAGGUUUGGGGGGCCAAGGUAUGGGCCUACUGCCCGGGACAUGUCAUUACCAACUUGACUGGCGAAGGGGACAGGGGGGUGAGAGCACCUGCCGGCGCUGCGAGUUCGACCUCGAGCGCCGCCGGCAUCGUCGAGAUUGUACAAGGGAGGAGAGACGAUGACGUGGGCCAGUUUUUGCAGAUGGGUGGAAGGAUAUUACAAUGGUAG